CGUAACCUCAUCCAGCUGAUACACUGGCUACUAGAAGUAGUUUUGAGAACAAUCCCAAGUUUCAUAUAGAGAGAUCUGCUAAAAAUCUCGUGCUCGAAUCAUGGCUACUGCAUUUCUCUUCAUCUCUGCCACUUUCCUGGUUCUUUUCAUCAUACCAGCCGCUUUGUCGCUUCAGUGUUACGAAUGUUCUAGUCUUGCGCAGGUUAGUGGAGGAACUAGCUGCAGUGCCGACAAUGUGAAAAAAGUAACUUGCCCUCCGAUUUAUGACCGAUGUGUUACAAUGAAGUUUAGUAUGACCCCAGAGGUAACAGUCGAGAUGAGGAACUGUUCUUCCAGCCUGGUCUGUGAUGCACAGUCGGAUUUAAAUCCUUGUAAAAUUUACAAGGCUCAAGGGAAAGACUGUAGUAUUGAAUGCUGCCAAGGUGACCUGUGUAACAGUGUAGGACCCACUGAGCCGCCCUCUAAGCCAUCCAGCGCAGUAUUGGGACCUACUUUGAGCCUCGGAGCUUUGUUAUUCGCCUUACUUCUACCAAAGAUUUUCUGAUUCAACUAAGAAAGGCUUUGCGGCUGUUUCCUGAUUCCAAUUAUUUUGCAAUCAAAAGCUGGCUUCUCAAAGAUAUUAUUAAGAGGGAAGACUGUAAGAAGUACAAAGUGUAUAGUGUCAUUACUAGUAUAUGUUUGUAGCUGAUGUGAUUGUUAACGAUGAUGAUGUAAGAACUCCCUGCUCUGAAUAAACGCCUUUUUUAACAUG